AUGAAAGGUUUAGAGGACGAGUUACAAGUCCUCACCAUUCAGACACAGAUGGCCCACGAAAAUUUGAAAGAGCUCGACCAAUGUCAAAGAGAAUUAGCUGAGAAAAACGAGGAACUGAAAAAGCUGAGAAAACAGAACUUGCAAAAGGAUAGCGAGAUCCUUCGACUGGAAAAUGAAUGCACCCAGAAACAAUUGGAAGUCUGCGGUUUGCUGCAAGAAUCUAAAUCUGUUGUAGCAGAACAACCGACGGCAAAUGGAAAGAUGAAUGACCUGAUUAGGAGGAACGUUCAACUAGAAUUCGACCUUGCUGAGACGAAGGAGCAACUAGAGACCAGGGUUUUUGAAGAGAUGGAAGCCUUAUUGGAAAUCUUAAGACGCCAAGAAGAGAUCUUGGCGCAGGAUACGAUGAUCAGCUGCUUGGGAAAGGUCAAAAUCCUUAAUGGAUCAAAGAAUUAUACAGAAAAGGAAGUUUGCAGAAGAGAGAGGACGUUAAGAAAAGCUGAAGACAAAAAGGCUUCGGAUAAAACUCGGUGUCUGAGGAAGCCCCAGAUCAACUGCAGAGCCCUCUACCGAAGAAUGGACAGCAUCGAGGAAGAACUUCGCCAAAUCAAAGGAUUGCAGCGACCUUCAGCUGGCACCAAGAGGCACUCAGAAGCUCCGAAUAAAAACUCCAUCAAUUGA